CGUGCCACAAACAUCAGCCAAUGCCACAACUACAAACGACGAUAAGGAGCAGCAGGAGCAGCAGAAACAUCCGUGUGAACAUCAUCAGCAGGAAGACAACCAUCAGCAAUUGCAUCGUGUGACAAGCCCAAGAAGGCAUUUUGUGAAACGCGCGGGCCUUUUCCUUUAACUCACUUUGAAUUUGUAACGAAAACAAAGUUUUUUGUAUAUUUUUAACCUUUCUUUGUUUUCGCUUGUACUUAUCAUUUGCAUAGUUUAACGUGUUUUGCGAGUGAGUUUCAGUUUAGCAAAUCCCAACGAUAAUAAACAGAUAUAAAUAACGGCUUCAGAUAACAUUCGACGUACUUAACUCAUCGAAAAGUUGAGAUAAGAAAGAUAUAACCCCAAAAAACCAACUGCACCUAUUCAGAGAAAUAAAGACACUUUCCAACAACAGAAGAUAACAGCAUCAGCACUCGAAAUCGAAAGCAGUCAACGCGUUAGCCACUCUAUUAUACUCAAUUUGAAUUGGGAGUGAGUGACGACAAUCUUGUCGUCUUAAGCCAGUCAGAUGAGUAACAGCGCCAUGGUGGCUGUGGCCAUUUGCUGCAUUUUGGUCCUGUUGGCCGUCUUCAUAGUGAUCAUCAUUGUUGUUGGCCAGACAAUCGAGGAGCCCAAAUGAGAUAAACUUCAGCUGGGACCUGGAAAUUUUGCUGAUGGAUAACAGAGGGCUACAAAUUGUUGAAAUUCGUGCCACAAUCCAUGGCUAUCCAGGCCGCCAGCAUGCUCACCCAGCAUCGAUCUCAUCUCUAACAGAAAAUCCCCCCCAGGCAAAAGGAGAAUGGAUCAAGGAGUAGACAAAUGGAAGGGAGGAGAAGAGAAUAAGCGUCCCAUCGUCAGUAUCCAUUGGCUGUGAUGUGAAACAUUUUUUUAGUAUAUCUGAAAAAAUGAAAAACAUAAAAUUUGGCUCAUUCGUCGUCAUAGCUCAUACCUAAGUACAUACAUACAUAUAUAGAGUACAUACCCCACCACCCCGCCGGAAGGAAUGUCAUAGCCAGACACAUGAAUGACUUAUUGUUAGCCAACAUACAUACAUGUACAUGUAUGUAUGUAUGGAUUUAUAUGUGUGUGUGUUCGUGUUAAGUGUUAAUUGUGUAUAUACAUAUACUUACACUUAGGUACUUAUGUCGAGAGAAUUAUAUACAACAAAUUAUUCAUAUAUAUAUAUAUAUAUAUGUGUAACCCAACCGUCGUAAUGUUGCGUUCUUCUUUUUAUAAAAGUGUUGUUAACAAACCAAAAGUUUUUAUUGAAGUUUUACUGAUGUUGCAAACAAAACAAACAUUUAGAUUAAUGUCCAGUAAAUAUAUAUUUAUAUUAGAAGAUAGACAAAAUAACAAAAUAUAAGAAAUGGAAAGAUUCGUAAGGUCACGAGCAAAAGAAGAUCCUAAGCUGAUUAAUCAUGAACAUGUUCAACAUUAGAUAUUAUGUCUGUCUGCAUAAUGGAGAAAAUUCCCUAAGAUCAGGCCAAAGGUAUUAGACCUUUGAUCAAUUGAGCUUUGCAAAUGAAUGUAAGAAGGUGUGUUUUUUUUUUCAUGUUUUCUUUUGUGUGAGACUAUUGAAAUGUUAUUUAAGAUCAUAUCAAAUGGAAUGAAAUAAGCAAUUGCACUUGUUAAAACGGAAACAGCAAAAUGAAUGCAAAAUGUGUUUAAAAGAUAUGCAUUUUAUAUACGUACAUCUAAUAUACAUAUAUAAAUUUACA